CAGAGUGGAAACCUCUUGUCAAGUUUCUUUCUCACCCUCAGACCAUCAGCGUUAGAACUGAUUCUCUUGUCCAUUGUUUACCUCUGACACCGGGUUCUGUGUGUUUUCAGACUAACUGUGUCAUGGCAGUGUUUUUUCUGAACAUCUGAUUUAUAGGAACAAAAUCUUGACCUCAGCACCACCCUUCUCUGUACUGCAGUCGGGCAAGCGUGGCGCAUGGACACGACCAGGGCGCACACUUCUCCCUGAAAAACUUUGUUUUGCUGCACGACGUUCAGGUUUUUCAAGUGAUUCUAUACAUUUUGGCAUUUCAGUAGUUUUUCAAGGAUGCUCGUUCCUACAUGGAGUAGAUGCUGUGUUGUGAUGUUUCUCGUCGCUACACUGGGUACGGGCACAUCCCAAGUAUCAGAAGCGCGCCCAAAGGCGAAUUUCAUCAAGCCAGCUCUGUUGGAGGAGACACCUACACCCACCACAAAUCGGUCUGCCACCGCCCACAGCGGCUCCACUAAGAAAUAUAACAUCCUUGCGCAGGUGUACCCAUGCAGCAAUGAUAAGGAGUGCAGUGUGGGCAGCUACUGCCACAGCCCUCAACAGGCUCCCUCUCGCUGCCUCACUUGCCGCAGGAGGAAGAAGCGCUGUCAUCGAGAUGCUAUGUGUUGCCCCGGGAAUCUAGCCUAGAGACUUACAUUUAAAUAAUAUAUUUGUGUCCCUAUCUCUGAGAGUGUGAUCUCACCUCACAUCUCAGCAAUAGAUGAGAAUAACAAACUCCCCACCAAAGACCACAGCUGGAGGAAGGGUGGUAAAGGACAUGCUAAGCAUGUUCUUAAAGGGCAUGAGGGUGACCCCUGCCUGCGUUCAUCCGACUGCUCUGAGGGCUACUGCUGCGCCCGUCAUUUCUGGACAAAAAUCUGCAAGCCGGUGCUGAGGCAGGGAGAGGUGUGCACCAAGCAGAGGAAGAAAGGCUCUCACAACUUGGAGCUCUUCCAACGCUGUGACUGUGCCAAGGGCCUCUCCUGCAAGGUGUGGAAAGACGCCACCUCCUCGUCUAAGUCCAGGCUCCACAUGUGCCAGAAGAUCUGAAGCAGAGGCAGCUGCUGUUGGCAUACAGACCUCUGUCUCCAUCUGCCAGCUAAAGUUUUUUAAAAGAUAGACCGUGGCUGUAUUGAAAAUGAGUAAGACAGAGACUAAACAUGAGAUAGAACAGACUGUGUGGGUUCAAGCUUG